AUGAAGCACUUUAUAUUGAUUUGAAAGAACCAUUUAAUGCAACCGCUCCACCAUUUGAUGUUUCAUCACCUAUUCCAGUGAGAAACUCAUGGACAACUACCGCCCUAGUUAAUGACGAUAUUUAUCUAUUUGGUGGAAUUAUGAGAGACGGUAAUUUCAAAUAG